GGAGCGGAACUAGAAAUUUGACCCUAACUUAAAGACUAUUAAAUUACUCCAUCUGAUUUAAAAGCUUAGUGGAAUAUAAAGAAAAAUAAAAUAAAGAGAAAGCUUAGUAAAAGGAAAAAAAAUGGAGCAGAUAAAGAGGCAGAGUGUCAAUGUUCAGUGCCAAAACCAGUCUCAAUAUGGCAAAACUGUAACCCUAAACUUUUUCCAAAUUCCCCGAAGGAGAAAGGAGACUCACUGAGCUCUAACUCUACAGGACUCGCCAUUUAUCUUCUUGCUGCCGUUUUAGGGUUUCAUGCUGCUUCUUUGCUACGCAAAAAGAGGUGCUAUCACUUGAAUCGGUUGAUCGUCUUGCUCAUGUUUCUUCUUUUGAGAUAACAUUCUUCAACAUUAACUCUUUACACACUAUAAAUGGAUGAUUUUGGUGGGUCCUGGUGUGAUGGUUUUUGCUUCUCUGUGCGGAAGAAGAGGAGUAGAAUAUCUCGUCAAUGUUGUUCCGACUUGCAGAAAUUUUCCCAGAGCUAUAAUUUUUCGCCACAGUCUGCACGAUAUUUAGGCAGUAGAGGCUAUGAAGAAGAGUGUUUUGUCAGGGAAAUAGCACUUUGUUCUGAUGGAUUGAGAAGUGAGAACAGGCUGAAGAAGCUUAAGCUCAAACUUGGCGGUGUUACUCAUACUAUACACACUAAAUAUGCAUCAGAAGCUUCUCAGUGUUUUAAUGUACCCCAGUCACAGGAGAAGGAUUAUAAUUUCGGAAAACACCAAUCUCUAAGAGAAACAGUACAUGGGGAUAGUCUGUAUGCAAAUGAAACCUACAACCAAGAGCCAGUUCGCAAGAGUAAUCAGGUUCCCAAGAGACGUGUAAUUGAUAAAGGGCUUAAUGAAGAUGAUGUUGAUGGAGAUGAUGAAAUCCGUUACCUUGAGAGACUCAAUGCCGCUAAACUCUCUUCAAAUGUUAGGCGAAGGGCGGACAGUAUCUAUGCUGAUGUGAACAAUUUUGAACUAUCAAACUUGGGGAAUGAAAGAUUAACAAAGUUGAGGUCAGAAAGAUUGUAUGAGGAUAAAGAUUAUGUGGAAGAUGAAGAAACUAUUUUUAAAAAUGAGCCAGAAAACAAAAGCAAGAAACUAAGAUUCGCUGAAGGUAGAAGUAGAAAUGGUGACGGUCCCAUCGAGUUCCCAAAUGGUUUACCUCCUGCCCCUUCUAAAAAACAAAAGGCGAAGCUUUCUGAAGUGGAGCAACAACUGAAGAAAACAGAAGCUGCACAGAGGCGUAGGAUGCAGUCGGAGAAUGCAGCUAGGGAGGCCGAGGCUGAGGCAAUCAGGAAGAUACUAGGUCAAGAUUCUGCACGAAAGAAGAAGGAAGGCAAGUUGAAGAAACGACGUGAAGAAUUGGCUCAGGGACGAGGUGCCAACUCAGCUAUUCUAGGGUCAGGUACUAUAAGAUUAGUAGAUGGCCCUACUCGAACUGUGGUUAUGUUUUCUGAUGACAUUGGUCUCCCACAAAUUUUCAGUUCAGCGCCAAGCAGUUAUCCUCCACCCCGAGAGAAAUGUGCGGGUCCGAAUUGUACGAAUGCAUACAAGUAUCGCGACUCAGAGUCGAAGCUUCCGCUCUGCAGUCUCCAUUGUUACAAGGCAAUACAUUAUGCAUUGCAAGAUGCAAAUUGUAGUUAGCUGUUGAUAUCAUUCUAGGUCAUUUUUUGGUCAUUACAGAAUUUACUGAUCUCUAAUUCCAUGCUCAAAACUAGCAAGCUUAUCUUAAUCAAUUCCUUUAUGUCUCAUGA